AUUUGAUCAUUGUUAUUAAAUAGUUUUCCUUCGUUUACAUUAUAAGUAAAAAAAAAAAUUAUCUCCUCAAAAAAAAAAAAUUUGAAUUUCCUAAAAAAUAUUUUCCCUCUUUUACAUUUUUUUUUUUUUUAUAAAUCUUUUUUCUUAUCUUCUUUUUAUAAAAUUAUGGGACAUGUUGGUUCGAAAAGUAAUUUAAAUCCUAAUAAUAACAAUCGAAGUUCACGUAAAAGCUCAUCAUCAAUUUCAAAAAAACAUUCAUUUAGAUAUGCUAACGGUAGAAGAUUUCAUAAUGAUGAAAAUUCAAUGUAUUUCUUACCAAAUGAUGAAGAAGAAGUUGAUAGACUACAAUUAGAACAUUUCUUGUUUAGAUAUAUUUGGGAAGAUAAUUUUUCAUCGCCGAUUAGAGAUUUGAUCGACAAAGGUGAUGCAAAAGUAUUAGACGUUGGAUGUGGACCUGGAACUUGGUUGUUAGAUAUGUCAACAGAUUUUCCACGAAGUUCAUUUACGGGAGUUGAUAUGUCACCAAUUUACCCUGGUGAUAUAAAACCACGUAAUUUAACAUUUCAUACAGCAAACGUAUUAGAGGGUUUACCAUUCUCUGAUAAUACUUUUGAUUUUGUCUACAUGAGAUUCUUGAUGACCGCUUUCACAGAAGAUGAUUGGCAGAAUAAAGUUAUUAAAGAAUUAAUCAGAGUAUGUAAACCAGGUGGAUGGAUAGAAAUUAUGGAAGGUGAUUUGGUUUUCAAUCCUGAAGGUCCAGCUGGAAAAAGACUGAUGGAUGCAUACCGAUCAACACUUGAAUCCAAACAAAUUAAUCCAAAGAUAAUCAACCAUCUUCAAUCUAUUCUCUCUUCUACAGAAACUUUAUCUUGUUUAACAACUAAAGAAAAAUCUGGUCCAAUAGGUACUUGGGCUGGAAGAAUAGGGGAAUUAUCAUAUCAAAAUUUUUCACAAACCUUACGAGCUUUAAAACCUGUACUCUGUAAAUUAAUGGAAUGUGCUGGUGAAGAAUAUGAUGAAUUGAUGGAGGAAUUUGGAAGAGAGUGCAACUCGAAUAAUACUAAUUUCGUACAUUUUAGAUUUUUUGCUAAGAAGGUCGAAUGAAAUGAGGAUCUAUGUUGUAUAGAAAUUACACAUUUGAAGUUUGAACACUCUCGAUCGAAUCAUCUUUCAAUAAACACUUUUUUAAAUAUUUCCACAUAAUAACAACAAAUAACAUAAUUAUAAUUAUAAUAUUUAAUUCAAUUUAUUUAUGCUAAAAAUUAUAAACCUUUAAGCAUCAUUUUACGAAAUUAAUUAUUAAUUUUAAGCUAG